GAGGACUGGAAGAUGGAGGCGGAGUGACGGGGGUUCAGGGUUCAGCGAUCCGCAGUCUCCGACUCUUCCGCAGCCGCUGACGGGGGGGUGGGUGGCGGUGACACCCAGAUUUUCACCCCCUCCCGGAUUGAUGGAAAGAGGGGCUGAGCGCAGCGCGAUGGCAGAGGCAGCUGGCACCUCGGCGACCGUCACAGAGACCGUGGACGGGAGCCAGCCUGCGGACACGGAAAACCGCAGCAUCACCCUCAGGCUGAGGAAGCGCAAGACGAAUAAGAAGGUGGAGUGGUCCAGCGACACCGUGGACAACGAGCAUUUGGGCCGGCGUUCCUCCAAGUGCUGCUGCGUCUACGAGAAGCCACGGGCCUUCGGGGAGAGCUCCUCGGAGAGCGAGGACGAGGACAGCGGCUGCGGCAACGAGCACUGCAUCAGGGGCCACAAGAAGCCCGCCCACCCCGACCACAGCUCCGAGCACUCGAAUCAAGAACAGGGUGGCCCUCGGGAGAACUGAAUGGAGGGGGGGUGGGGAGACGCAGGGCUGGAGGGAGCGGAUCAAGCUGCGGGAGCGUUGCCACCCCCGACCUACCACUCAGUCAACCCUGCUCUCACCGACCCAGGGGGCUGCCACACGGUGGCGGCCUUGGCUUAUCUUCUAGUGAAGAGGGUUUUUUUUUAAACAGAACUAGACCUGUAAAUUUGUAUUGCAUUUGUAAUUUAUUUAAUAGAACCUUUUUUUGGGUUUUGCCUUUCAGCAGAUCCUCAGUGGGAGGGUGCAUGCAGAGCACGGACUUCUCGUCCAGCCAGGAGGGUGUUUGCACGAAGCCGAAAAUCCUAGAGCUGAUUGGCGAGGGUGGGGGGGGGGGGGGUCAAUGGGGAAUCUAAUCACUCGAGCACAAGCACUUGAAGUCAGCACCCUGUCAACCGUGGUAACUAAAGGAGGCAUGUUGUUCGAAGUUGAUGUGGGGGGAGAGGGGGGCAACGCACAGCUGCUGGAAAGAGACAACAGGUUGAACUGCAGAUGAGGCUGUGGGAAGGGGAUGGAAUUGUCCAGAUCGACCAUUAACACCGAUGAUUCCUGUCCAUCUCCACAGGUGCCGGGCUCUUCUCUCCUCCCCGCCCCCACCAGGUCGCGGGUUACACCAUUUCCCCCCCUCCCCCAGGUGGGGCUGUCACUGAGCAAGGGGUGCUGGGGUGCCCAGUGAGUCGCCGCCAGGUCUGACCGGCUCGAUCCGUGGUGGGCGCGGUGCGGGUCUCUCCCAUCCACCCGGGCGACGGGCCGCCGCUGAGCUGUAGGUUGAAAUGUAAUGCUGAAGGCUCCCGUCCUUCACCAAUCAGAUGUUCUGAAAUAAAUGGUCUGGCUGAACACAAGCUGAGUUGUUUCAGAGUC